GACAAUGAUUUUAUUUCAGGUGUACUUUGAGCUCUGAGCAGAGGGGGGCGCUGUGACACGCGCUCUGCUCUCUGUCGUGACUCUCUUUUCUUGGUAACAACAUCUGUUGUCAAACGUCGCUAAGGAAGUGAUCGGGCUAGUCCUUAAUUAGCCACUCUGACACCAAACAACAGUAAACCAGAGGUAACUCUACUUCAGCGUUAUCACAGUGAAAUGAAUACACAAGACGGAACCAACCAACAUUACCUAUUUAGUAAUCUUAUCUUAUAAACGUUUGCUUCAAACGUUAGCUCAGCUAGCUUGUAGCUAGUAGCUAACUACUGUGAGCUAGAUGGUUAGCUGAAGUUAGCAGUUUGAGUUACAGGUAAACGUGAUUUGUUCGCUGGAUGAGAGGUCAGUUAGGAGGAAUCACGGAGCUUCUGUGAAGCGAUGAAAUAAGAAAACAACGGGACUUUAGAUUCAGUCUUGGAUUUUAGCUAAAUUAGACCGGUAAAGCUAACAUUAGCAUAAUUAGCUAGCUGCUUUAUUGAGGUAAUUAGCAGUCGUUAAAGUGAGCAGUUAGAGGUCAUAGUGCUAUCCCUAACUACUGUUGAACGAUUAAUCUUUAAUUGCUAAUAAACAGGAGCUAAACAACUUUCAAUAUGUAGUUAAUGUGGCUAAACUAAUUCAUUUAACGUCAACGUUUCACUGAAUCAUGUUCUGCCCCUGUAUGUGUAGGUGUAUGUUAGUUAGCUAUGAGAGAGCUCCAUCCACCUGACCACAGCUGGUAUCAGUCAUGACGAGAGGAUGACUAAGAAUGGAGAGGACAGCCCCCUCCAUCAGUCCAGUGAGGCUCCUGGUAAAGGAGAUUCAGCUGCCAAUGACAGCAGGCCACUCAACACCUCCUUAGUAGAUGCCAAAUCCUGCAACGAGCACAAUGAUGCCCUUAAACUCACUGCUAGAAACGCUGCGGGAGAGAUCAGUCCAUACCAGCCUCGGCCACCCUCACUACCCAGGCUGUCAAAAUCCAGCAGAAGUAUCUCAGUGGAGGAGACCGUGAGAACCAGGAGACUGAGAAGCAGCCAGGAGAGUCUGAGUGACCCGGUUGAGACUGGCUCCUCCACAGACUCACUCAAAGAGGACCACACAGCUCCAGCUCCAGGUGGAUUUGUUCCCAGCACUGCAGCUACCACCAGAAAUGAGCAGGACUUCAAUGUAAGACCCGUCUCUGCUGUCACAGCAGGAUCCCCAGUCUUCCGGGACAGAGUGAGCAGCCUCUCUGAGUAUGAACGGAGGCCCCCCAGCCAGCAGAGCGACCCCACAGACCACUGGACAAGGUCCGCCAAGGUGCGCCUGUCUCCGGUGCAACCCACAGGGACGCUGCCUGCUCUGGACAAGAGCUUUGCGUCAGCCAGUUUCAGGGCAGCUAAUAGGAUUGACAGGGAUUGUUUGGAUUAUGCCGUGUUGGCCAGAGAGAAACUCGGGGAAAGACUCCACAGGAACCUGAGCGACAGCCGGCUUCUGGAGAACAUGGGGUCGGACAGUGCCUCUGUCAACUCCAUGAGGUCCACCUACAGUGUGCUCAGCCCCAUCAGACCCCAGGAUGUGAGGAACAGGAGCUUUCUGGAGGGCAGCGUGCUGGGGAGCGGUGCCCUGCUCGGAGCCGAGGAGCUGGACCGCUACUUUCCAGACAGGAGAGUGGGUAUCUACAUCGCUACUUGGAACAUGCAGGGAGAGAAGGGGCUUCCAGCCAACUUAGACGACCUCCUCCUUCCAACAGACUCUGAAUUUGCACAAGACUUUUAUGUCAUUGGGGUCCAGGAGGGCUGUCCUGACAGGAGGGAGUGGGAGACCCGUCUUCAGGAGACUCUGGGACCUUACUACGUCAUGCUGUAUGCAGCAUCACAUGGUGUUUUAUAUCUCACUGUAUUUGUCAGAAGAGACCUCAUCUGGUUCUGCUCAGAGGUGGAGCACGCCACAGUCACAACCAGGAUCAUCUCUCAGAUCAAGACCAAAGGGGCUGUGGGAAUCGCCUUUACCUUUUUUGGCACUUCCUUCCUCUUCAUCACGUCCCAUUUUACCUCUGGAGAUGCCAAAGUUUACGAGAGAGUACUAGAUUACAACAAGAUCGUUGAGGCUCUAGCUCUUCCCAAAGGCCUUCCAGACACCAACCCUUACCGCUCCACGCCAUCUGACGUCACCACAAGGUUCGACCAGGUCUUCUGGUUUGGAGAUUUUAACUUUCGACUGAGUAAAGACCGGGUCGACGUGGAGGCCAUCAUGAGUCGCACAGUAGGCGGUGAUAUGGGCCGUCUGCUGGAGCACGACCAGCUCUCCAAGGAAAUGAAGGAUGGUUCAAUCUUUAAAGGUUUCCAAGAGGCACCAAUACACUUCCUCCCCACAUACAAGUUCGACAUCGGCUGUGAUAUCUACGACACCACUUCUAAACAGAGAACACCAUCAUACACAGACAGGAUCUUGUUCAGGAGCAGGCAGGCUGAUGACAUAAAAGUGGUCAAGUACACCAGCUGUUCCAGCAUCAAGACCUCAGACCAUCGGCCCGUCAUCAGUGUCUUCCAGGUCAAACUCAGGCCGGGCAGAGACAAUAUUCCCCUGGGUGCAGGACAGUUUGACCGAAGCCUGUAUUUGGAGGGCAUCAGGAGAAGGAUCACCCGAGAACUGAAGAGGAGGGAGGCCAUGAAGAACCAAAGUAGCAGCACCAUCUGCACCAUCUCCUAAACCCUUAAAAUGAACUCUCAGAGCAGAGCGGACUGGAUCAAAAUGUUCCAGACACUGAAAUGUAAAUCCAGGCAGGCAGAAAAGGACCAGAGGGAAACCAGAGAUGUCUUAACUACACAGAGCCCAGUGCUGGUCAUGGUGGUAACUGAGCAGAGUGCGCCCUCUGUUGGGCAUUGCUUGAACUGUGCGUAUGUGGGAAGUGGCUGGCUGCACUUGAGGGCAGGGACCUUGAGGUCAGACAUGCAGAGAGAUUUGCAGCCACAGCAGCAGUCUAGCCUUUAUUUAUUCAGCCCCCUCUACUCAAAUAUGACUGAGACAGAGUGGGAGGGGGCGUCGCCGUCGUGGCUUACUCUUCUGUCACAUGCUACAGUGUGAACUGACCUUAAAGGCUCUGUGUAACUGCAUUCAUUUUCUUUUUUUUAUAGGUGUUUAAAAAGCAUCAUGAACCACAAUGUUACGUUUUUCUGAAUGCUCACAUCAGUGUUCAAAUGCCUUGUGAAUUUGUCAUCAAAUAGGUUAACAAACAUUACUACAUUUUGGUGGCACAUGCGGUGCACUUAUUAAAUGUCAUGUAGGCGUCCGCCAUCGGUCAGUUUUAACUUGAAUAUGGUUCCAAGCUGAAUGUUUUGUAGGAGACAUACGAUACGACUGAACAAGGGAGGUUAAAUAUAUAAUUUCAAGAGCAUGACGUUGAUGAACAGUACGUCAGGAGGUUGUUACUACUUGUUACUGUUGAAUUUCAGGGAGAUCACAUCUAUUUGAUGGCUUAUAUUUAAUUUAUUUUCACACAAACUCACUUCCUAUAAUAUAGAUUUAAACUGUUAACACCUGUCACUACACUUUUAGGACAGUGAACCUUUGCUACAGACUGUAAUUCAAUGCCUUACCUCUCAUCUCACUGCUGUGUAGCCUCAUACGUAAUAUAAACUGUCCAUGUACUGUAUGUACCACACUAAUGAACUCACAUUCCCAGCGCGAGGAGCAGUCUGCUCCGAGGAUAAGUGCCUGUGGGUCUCAAGACCUCUUAACUUUACCUGCGUAUUUUUAUGUCACCUAUUAUGUAACAUCGUUUAAUAAACGUUUUAAAACACACCUGUUUGUCGGCAGAAUUUUGUCCAUUGCACUGCGAUGCAAGACUUUUAAAAUAUAUAACUUUAUUCAUGGAAGUACUUACAUGUAUUUAUCACUUGGUAUACAGAUGGUAACAGUUUCACAUGUCCACUGGAGUCGGAAGCCACUGAAAUGGGUGUUAAAUGAAUGUCGGGGUUUUUAAAAAUAUAUUAAUCCUCUAAAUUCACUCGAGCCGACGUGUCUCUUAAAGGAAAAGCGUGACAUCUUGUUCAUAUUUGUCAGCUAGCUUAAUAUAAGGCUAUAGCUGUUAGCUUAUCCAAACGAAAAGACUGUAAAUGGUGAACCUCACUGUGUCUGAUGGUGACACAAUCCAGCUACCAGCACCUCUAUGACUCACUGAUGAGCACACUAUAGUUCAUUUGUUUAAUCUGUACAAAAACUGAAGUGUAAAAGCAAUAAUUUGCCAUUUUAUGGGGGUUAUGAGUCAGACUAUUUCUUGGAGGGGUAGAGGAGCUUCACAGAGCCUCAACUGGUUGUCUGGCAACUGCUCGGGCCCAGUAAAUAGUCCGACACACAACUGCUAAUAUCCAAUAACACAGCUAAUUGUAGUUUUAGACCUUGUUUUUUGUACAGACCAAAACGCAGAAAAUAGUGAGCUUUAGUGGUGCUGCUGGGUGGAUUUUGUGUAAUUUUGCCGUUUCUCCAAUUCCAGUCUUUAUGCUAAGCUAAGCUAACAUUAACUGGCAACUUGCUGUGGCUUCAUAUUGCAUAUUGCAUGAGUGUAUUUCACGUUUAUUUUAAAGGUUCUGUAUACGAUAUUCAGAGCUUUAGUACAGCAGCAAGCCACUAUUUGCUAUGGAUAUAAUGGAGUAAUGACAUCAUGAGCAGAGUAACGCUCCCUGUGUGUGUUGUAAUCCGAGCUUCUCUGUUAUUAGACGUCGAUCUGCCCACACAUUCAUGCAAGUCCCUGUGUGUGUGUCCCACUGGUUAACUAACAACGCAGCUCUGCACUGUGCUCAUAAGGUGGUUAUAGCUGAUACUGGGACAGCAACGUCACAAAAGCAAAACGCCCAC